CAAGAAAAUGAGAAAAACUAUUUUCACAUAAAGUUUUCUAUUGAAACAAGUGUAGCAUAAUAGUCUCUUAAUUUGAUUGGGAUGAAAAUUGGGAGAAUAGAAAAUGAAAGAAAGAAAAUAGGGUAUGUAUAUAUAUACACACACAUUGAGGUGUAAAAUUAUGGGACUUCAAAAGCUUAUGUGACAAAUAUAAGAAAAUGCCAAAAACUUUCUUCAUAGAAGGUUUUCCAUUGAAAUAAACGGAGUUUUGAGAGUUUGUUUGGUUGGGGUGAAAACCAAGAGGAUAGAAAACGUAAGGGAGGAAAAAAAGGAAAAAGAAAGGUGUAAAAUUAUGAGACUUCAAAAGCUUAUGUGGCAAAACAGUGUGAGAUAAACCAAAAAUCAAUGUAUUUGAGAAUGAACAACCACUAGCCAAGCAUGUUUUCUUAUUCGAAGUUUGGAAUAUACUUGUAUAGUCUAAAUUUGAAAUGGAUUUUCUUCCUUGGUAAGGCUUUUCCUUUCUUGGCAAAGCCUUUCCAAGUAUAUUAUUCUCAGAACAUUACUCCUAGUUUUCCCAAUAUAAAUAGGCAUAGCAAAUACCUUUCGACAAUAGGCAUUUCCGUUGUGUUGUUGAAAAUGGCCAUAAAAUACGGUGUUUCUCUUAGCCUCCUAGUGAUUCAAAUUGUACUUUCUCUCUUGUUUUCAAGCCACCACUUUGCAAAAGCCGAUAAUGAGAUUGGCAAGUCCCUAAUAACAACAACUUGCAACCAUACUGAGUUUCCUGAUGUUUGCAUCUCAACUUUGGAGUCGGAUCCUCGUAGCUCUUCUGCAGAUCUUACUAACCUUUCCAGAAUUGCCUUGGAGUUAGCUAUAACCGAAGCUAAUGAGACCAAAGCAGAGGCUUUUAAAUUGGUUAAUAAUGCAAGUAGCUAUGAGAGUUGGGGAAUACGAUUAGCUUGUUAUGAUGGAUUUAAUUCGAGUGUCUAUCAAUUGGAAGAGAGUCUCCAAUACUUUGAUCAGCUGAAGUAUAAUGAGUCAAACAGAAUUGUGGAUCUUUUUAAUGGAGGUUUAAAUUAUUGUAUUAAUCUUGGAGUAGUAGAGUUAAGUACAAGGAUCACAUUCCUUAGGAAAUUCACCACUGAUAUAGUGGCAAUUCUACAUCUCCUUUUCUAA